AUGUCAAAUGAAUUUCUUGCAUACUGCAGUGAGGCUGGAAUACAAAGGCAGCUGACUGUAGCUUAUUCCCCUCAACAAAAUGGAGUUGUUGAGAGGAAGAACAGGACUGUAAUUGAGAUGGCAAAGUCUAUGCUACAUGAAAAAAGACUUCCAUAUGAGUUUUGGGCAGAAGCUGUUCAUACAGCAGUCUAUCUUCUCAACAGGUGUCCUUCUAAGUCUCUUAAGAAAAUGACACCAUUUGAGGCCUUCACAGGAAGAAAGCCAGGUAUUGCACACUUGAAAGUGUUUGGAUGCCUAUGUCAUGUGCUUAUUCCUUCUGUUUUGAGACACAAGUUGGAAGAAAACAGUCACAAAUGCAUCUUUGUGGGCUAUGGAUUGUGUGAAAAAGGCUAUAGACUGUAUGAUCCUAAGACUAGAAAGAUUAUCUUGUCUAGGGAUGUCUAUUUUGAUGAAGAAGCCUCAUGGAAAUGGGAGAAUCCUAGCAAUGCAGAUGUGAGAGUGCCUAUGCCAGAUGGAAAUCAAGGUACUGCAGAAACUGAACAGAGGGUAUUAGAUGAACAACCUCAGUUUUUUGGAUACUCAAAUGCAGAUGGAAGAAGAAAUUGCACCUCAAGGGGAAGAAAAUGCUUGAUGAGACUCAAAGGUUUGAUCACACACCUCACAAGUGGAGGAGUAUUAAUGACAUCAUGA